UUCCAGUUUGAUUCAUAUGCAACCUGGCUAUUGCGACGAAACAAUUAUUUUGCUUCUAGAGAUUUCAAUACUAUAAGUUAAAUAAAAGUAAAAUAAUUCUGUGGGAUAAACGAAAUUAAUAAUGCCGAAAUAUUAUUGCGACUAUUGUGAUACAUAUUUGACUCACGAUUCACCAUCUGUGCGAAAAACGCAUUGUACCGGCCGCAAGCAUAGAGACAACGUGAAAUUUUACUAUCAAAAAUGGAUGGAAGAACAGGCGCAACAUUUGAUCGAUGCCACCACAGCUGCUUUUAAAGCUGGUAAGAUUACUCAAAAUCCAGGCGUUUCAAUACCACCACCAAAUAUGGGCCCACCACCACGUCCUGGUCUUAUGCCCGGCGGACCAGGCAUGCCACCAAUGAUGAUGGGACCUCACGGAGCUAUGCCACCUCCAAUGAUGGGCAUGCGGCCACCACCAAUUAUGGGACCAAUGGGUCCAAUGAUGGGUCCCCCUCCACCAUUAGGCGCAAUAGGUGUACGGCCACCAAUGAUGAACGGGCCUCCUCCUAUCAAAUAACAAAAGCGCAAGGACUAAGAACUAGCCUCUAGAAAAAUAUUCAUUCACAUUUCAAACUUUACCUAAUAUUUCAUAAGUUAAUAAAUACAACUUCAAAAUAUGCUUAA